UGUAACAGUCAUAGGGAUACGUUUACAUUAGUAUACAUCGGUAUACAUGUACUUUGACCGUGGUCUCUGCUGGCAGUUUUACAAAAAUUUAUUCUUUCGCCUUUAACACUGUAAAUAGACUUCAGUGAAUAAACUUUUAUAAAAAUGUCGGAACAUGUUAAUCCGGUUAAACAUUUUUUGAGUGGUGGUUUCGGAGGAGUUUGCACCGUUAUAGCUGGACACCCUCUUGAUACUAUUAAAGUUCGCUUGCAAACUGUUUCAAAAGUUGGUCCUAAUGAACAGCCAUUAUAUUCAGGAACAUGGGACUGCGCAAAAAAAACGAUUGCAAAAGAAGGAAUCCGUGGGCUCUACAAAGGAAUGGCUGCCCCACUAUGUGGUGUUUCGCCUAUAUUUGCAAUAAGCUUCUUAGGAUACGGAGUAGGUAAAAAGCUUCAACAAAAAACUGUAGAUGAGAAACUGCGUCCUGAUCAAUUAUUUUAUGCUGGUGCAUUCAGUGGAAUUUUUACAACUGUUAUUAUGGCGCCAGGAGAACGCAUAAAAUGUCUUCUUCAAAUUCAGCAUGCUGGUGCUAAACCAAAAUAUAAUGGACCAAUUGAUUGUGCUAAGAAACUGUAUAAAGAAGGAGGAAUUAGAAGUAUAUAUAAGGGUACAUGUGCAACACUUUUAAGAGAUGUACCGGCCAGCGGUAUGUAUUUCAUGACAUACGAUUGCAUGCAGAGACUGUUGACUCCAGAAAACGGAAAAAUAGGAAUUCUCUCAACUAUCCUUUCUGGUGGAUUAGCCGGUAUCGCCAAUUGGAUCGUUGGCAUGCCGCCUGACGUUCUAAAAAGUCGUCUUCAAACUGCACCGGAAGGCACUUAUAAGAAUGGUUUACGUGACGUUUACGUAGAAUUAAUGAGAAACGAAGGACCUCGGGCUCUUUAUACAGGAGUCGUUCCAGUCAUGCUCAGAGCUUUUCCUGCCAAUGCAGCGUGCUUUGUUGGCUUUGAAGUUGCUAUGAAAUUCUUUAAUUGGGUAGCACCCGAUUUAUAACGAUAAUCAGAUCAAUUAGGACUUUGAUACUGCAAUAUUCAUCUAUUUUUACAGUAUAUUAUCAAUCUCGUGAAUGCCAUUGAUCACGUUAUUUUCAGCAAAAUUUUUGUGAAUAAAGUUAUUAAGUAUUCGUCAAAUAUAAUAUCAAAAUUAAUUGCAAUGCCAAUAAACUUAAUAUAUGUAUAUAUUUUUUAUCAUGUGUAACUGAAUCAAGGUUGAAAAAAUACAUUUCCUAUUUUUCAAAUGUA